AUGGAAGACUCAGGCGAAGCUCAACCGUUAGGGGACCUGGCUGACAUCCUUGGUGACGCAGUCAUUCUGCCAGGCAGUGAAGAGUACCAACAAGCCAAUGAAUCAUACUUUAGCGCCUCUGAGAAUGAGCUUAGACCCUGGUGCAUUUCAAUCCUCUCGGGAGCUUGUAGAGUUGCCAUCCGAGGCGCCGGCCACACUCCGUUUGCUGAAAACGCCAAUAUUGAUGGUGGUGUAACAAUUGAUAUGAGGCGACUCAAGGGGGUCACUCUGAGUGAAGAUAAAUCCAUUGUGAAGAUAGGGGUUGGGGAAACUUGGAGUGCUGUAUAUGCUGAGCUGGAGAAGCAUGGCCUGACUACACCUGGCGGACGAGUUGGAAGGAUAUGGGUUGCGGGUUUUGUGCUGGGAGGCGGCCUCAACAACUUUGGCACCGGCCGCAUUACAUAUUACGCGUCUAGUACUUUCUCGCAGCUAGUUGAGAAAGCUUGUGACUUCGUUGAGAAUGAGUCGGACUUGGAUACUUAUAUCAUGUGUAGCGUAGGCUACGGGUUUAAACAACAAGCUGUGAGCUGCGUCAUAUUUGCCAACCCUGUGUAUCACACAAAGGUAAAGGAAAAUCAUCUCUCGCUCCAGCUCUUCACACGCAUUGAACCCCAGAUUCAGCAGAUGUGUAGCAUGCGGAUGGCGACUCAGCGUGAAUUUAGUGAGGGGUUGUCUAAGUUCUCAACUGAUGGAAUGCGGCUGUAUUGGACAACCAUAACGAUUCGCGCGAAAGAAACUCUAUUCCAAAUCAAAGAUGCAGAAGGAUUCAUUUUCUCUUUUGGAUUUGAUCCCUUAACAAAAGCCCUACUGGAGAAUUAUGAAAACGCUGGAGGCAAUGCUGCCGCAAUCCGGCCCUCAGACGGCCCUUUAUUCGUGCUACUUAUUAACCCAAUCUGGGCAUUGCCGGAAGAUGAUGGGGGUAUAUUCAAAGCGGUGGGCGAACUCGUGACUGAGUUAAAACGUCUGGCAAGAGAAAGGGGGCUCUUACACCGUUAUGUGUUCACGAACUAUGGCCACUGUGGCGAUCGUGCUCUGUCAGGAUAUAGCGAAGAAAGCGUAAAGAAGCUUGUGGCGACAAGUAAGAGGGUUGAUCCUCUGGGGAUAAUUCAGCCGGGGGUUUCUGGCGGCUUCAAGCUUCCACCUGCAAGAGGUAGUUAG